AUGAAUUUUAAAAGGAAACAAGAGAGGAAAUUGCAGCCGAUUGUGAUAUCAAGUGACGGGAGGCAAAGAAAAGAGAGAUACAGUGGAACAUUCAGUAACACAGACAUCAUAAUGUACACAAAAAAGCAUUGUUCAAUGUCGGUUACAAAAGCAUUGAGAGCAAUUGAUGGAUCUCAUAUUCCUGUAAUUGUGAAGAAAAAGAAACACAACAGAUAUCUGUGCUCCUUUGAUCAUACUUUUCUUUAUGUGGCUGCUGAAUGGGAGGGAUCAGCAUCUGAUAUGUCAGUUCUUCAUGCAAUACUGGAAGAUGGUAAAUUUAAUGUUCCUGAAGGUCAUUUUUACUUAGUUGACUCGGGAUAUGCUAAUACUUCAAAAUUUAUCGCACCAUAUCGUGGAUCACGUUAUCAUCUUGGAGAUUUUGCAAAUGGGACCACCAGAGCCUAUCGAGAUACUAAAGAUAAAUAUAAUCAUAGGCAUGCACAACUACGUAAUGCAGUGGAAAAAGCAUGGGGAAUUUUAAAACAAAGAUUCAAAUUUUUGAAAGUUGCUGCUCCAUUUCCUUAUAAAACUCAAGUCAAAAUCGUAGUAGCUUGUUGUGUUCUUCAUAAUUUUAUUGCAAGGCAUCAGGGAAAUGAUAAAUACUUUAAUAUGCUCAAUGGAUUAGAGAUGAAUGAGGAUGAAGAUGAGGUGGAGGAGGAAGAAGACCACCAAUACAUGGUUGGUGCAGACGAAAGUUUAAGGGGUGAGCAACUUCGUAACAGGAUUGCUUUACAGCUCUGUAAUAAUUGA